AUGGCCUUCCGUCGUCCCGUGCUGUGCGUGGCCGCCCUGGUCGCCUGCGUUUGGUUCCUCACGCCCGAGGCGGAACCUGAGGUGUUUGUGACGCCUGUGGCCCUGCGGGGCUCAACCGCGCAGGGCAACUUUGUGGGGCUCGAGGCUCCGGCGCCGGAGUCGGUGCUGGUGCUCAAGGCGCUGCCAGAGCCCAGGCCCAACGACGCCAUGCUGCCGGUGGAGCUGAACCGCACCUCCCUCUAUUGGGGCCUUCUGCUGAUCUGCAUCCUCUCCGCAGCUUGGCGUCGUUUGUGUCGUGGACCUGGAGAAUCUCUAGGCCAAGGAGAAGUCCUGUUCUCGAGCUACUUCUUCAACUGA